AUGGCUAUGACGCCAGCGAUGCGUGCUUUUGCUUUAACGCCAUCUUCGUUGCGUUUACCUGCGUUAUGGCCCGUGUUAGCCGCGCGGAAGUCUUUAUUUUUUUCUGAAGUUGCGAAACUUUUAGGUUACAUAUAUAGUAAAUGUGUUCUAUAAGUUACGGUGACAAGUGAGAACCCCGAAGACGGUUCCAAUCUUCAGUUUCAUCGAAUGGAGAAGCCAGAGUUCUGCCUGUCAAUACCACCAGCAUCCCCUGUAGGAGAGAAACAUCUAAGUGAAAGUUCUGUUCAUGUUGAGGUUGAUGCUGCACUUGAGUCAGAGUAUAGAAAUGAGGCACUUGGUUUGGGGCAAGCUGAGCAACUUGCAGCAUCAGAAAAACCUGCUGAUGGAAGCAAUGCAGAGAGUCCACCUUCUUCCAUGCACCCUGGCAUUGAAAAGCUGGAGCCAGUUUUGGCCACUGCGACAAUACCCGAAAUCGAGACGCGAGAAGCAUUGGUGGAAGAGAAAAGAGAAUCGUGUGACUUGGACAAGGAACUUGAACCUUUGCUGAAGCUAUCUUCACAAUGUUCCAAGGAUGCACAGAAUAAGCCUGUGCCUGGGGCAGUUCAAGACAUUGCUGAAGUGCCAGCUCCACCUGGCGAAACAGGUCAGCCAAAUGUUGCUGAAGAACCCACUGCACCUGGUGAAACGAUUCUAGAGAGUGCUGCUGAACAACCAGCUCAUGUUACUGGUGCAGUUGCACAAGAUUUUUCUGAACAAGCAGUUUCACAGGAUGUCAUUGAACUAGCUGAGCCAAUUAAUGUAGCAGGUUCCAAAGUUGCGGAACAGUCACCUCAAUUUGCUCAAGCAGCACCAGAAAAUGUUGCAGAGCAAGAUAUUGCAUCGGCUGAAGCGGCCAAGUCGAGUGAUACAGCUGCACAGAAUGGAUCAGCAGCUACCUCUGAACCGGAACUGAGGCGGUCAUCUCGUCCACGCAAACCCUCAGUGCGUAUGAGAUCCCCUGGUGAGGAGACUGUGGAGCGCUCAUCAGAACCUGCAGUUCUCAAACGUAAAUCAGCCUUGCAUAAAAUACCAGACAACUUGCAAGCUGUGGUUCCUGCAAAUGCUGAACCUCUUACACCAACAAAGUCCCUCCCUUCCAAGAUGGAACGCAUGGAAUUCAGCAACAGCAGUUCACUUCAUUCAAAAGCAAAUAGAAAAACUUCAAAUAAGGAAAAGACCUGUAUCACUCAUUAUCGGCAGCAGGUUGCUCCAAUACGAAACAUUUCUGACAGUUGUCUUAGCCAGUAUGCUUGCCAAAAGUGCAGUUUUCGUACCAACCGCAUGGACAAUCUUGUGCGACACAAUAAGCAAGAUUGUGCGUAUGUGAAAGACUUUUUUAGCUGGGAUGCGAACACUUUCACAGAAGCCACUCAAAUGCCCAAGAAGAGGUCUUUAUCUCCUGAAGUGGCAUGUGUAAGUGAUGGAACCGAAAAAGCAAGCAAGUCUUCUUCUAGGCGUAAGAGGCCAAUGAGAAAAUUUGAACGAAGCCCCAGAGCCUCAGAAAAAAAAAAACCAGCAACAUCACCAGGAUACAAGCAAAUAAUUGAGAUGCACGAGGAGAGCUCUGAAGAUGAUAAUGAUGCAUCUGUGUCUGAUGCUACAGCACAGGAAAAAAUUGAGUUUGCUGAAGAUGAUGUUGUUUGGGUGGAAUGGAAGCGAUUGCACUGGCCUGCCUUGGUUCUCAAAGUUUAUCCAAAGACUAGGAAAGCCAGAGUGUUUCUAAUUCAUUCAAUCACGGCAAAAGAAACUGCCUUAGUCAACAUUAAAAAGAUGUUCAACUUCAACAAUGCCGAGAGGAACAAACAGUUUUUGAAUGAAGGCCGUGUAGGACACAACAGCGGUGCCUUGGUGAAAGCAGCACAGAAGGCUGAAGAAUUUCUGCGUAAACGAUGCCUUGGCAGCAGUGUUGAUGCAAAGAGAUUUUUCUGGAAUGAAGACGGAGACGCAUGCACUACAGACAGCGAUGAUUUUGACCUGGACCCUUUUUGCCCAGAAGGCGAUGAUGAUGAUGGGUUGGAUGCAAUUGUUUCACGCAUCAAGGAAAAGCGAAAGCAAUGCAAUGAGAAGCUUGUCCAGUGCAUUAGAGAAGGAAAAGUAAAUGACCAUUUGCUGGGUGUGCUGAAUGGCACGGUGCCAAGUGAACGCAACAAGCUGUUCUAUAGCACCAGUCGAAGUGAACACUUGCAGCUCAAGGAUUGGUCAUGGUUCGGGCCUAUUGAGGAUGUAUCGCAGCAAGAAGAGAUUUACGAGUUCUGCUUUGAGCUUCUGAAGGCGAAUUCAGACUUGGGCCCUACUUUUGACAUUGCAUCUUAUGUGAUUGAGGUGUGGUGUCCAGAGGCAGUAAUGAAGGCUCUGAGUCUCACACGUGGCAUUAACAUGGACAAAGCCGAAGAAGUCUUGCUGCGAGCUGUGAUUCAUACCAGGGCUGAAUUCGAGGCAAACAGACAAGAGUUCUGCUCCACUCCUUUAGAUCCUGAAGCAGAGCGAGAACGUUCUGAGCGUGCGCAUACUGAACUUCGUGACAGUGGCAUUGCAGAUGACAUUAUUGCUGCACUCCUGUGAACUCUGAAAGGCUUCACAGUCUUUAACUGUACUUUUCUUGUGUAGAACAUAUGUGCUUAAGUGAUACUGACACAAAAAUUUUGUACGUUUUGUGUGUGUGUGAUGUAGCUGCCAUGAAUUCUAUGAAUGGGCUGUAAAACAUUAAUUAUAGCAUCUUUAUCUUGAUGCAACGUGUUAAGAACACACCUAAAGCAGUCUGGCUUUAUGGCAUAGGGUGCAUUUACAACCUCCCCCUUCCUUCCCCCCCUUUUUCUGCAUCUCAAAAAUUGACAGCAGUGUUCGCAUCGUAUUGGAAACCGCUGGCGAGCAGAUCAGGCAGCCUCAUGGAUCAGGUGUGGUUAGCCACAUAGUGGCCGUUUCGCUGAAAGCUUGGCAUGCGACAAGACAUUCAUUUCUCUUUUAUUCUACACUGGUUGUGUGUAGAUUCUUAUGGAACAAGUGGUACCCUUUAUGUCUGCUGUUCUCUAUUACCUCAUCAAACACUUUGCCAAGAUGAUCGUGGUGCCCUUGACUACUGUACUGAUCCACUGUUUGGUGAUAUCGUGUGACCACAGCUCCAGAUCUUCAUUACUUGUCAGACGAUCUGGGCAACACUGCUGCCGCAUCGCUUCAUUUGAGUUAUGUUUUCAAUGAACCACAUUGAGACGGUGGUAUAACUGGUAAUUUGUUGCAUGUGUGAGGAAUUAAGGUCUCAAAAUGUCAUUACAGAAUUCAUUUGUUGCAAUCUGAAUAAGCAAAAAAAAAAAAACGGACAAAUGUUUUGUGUCAGUAUUAUUUUGUUAUAAAGUUGUUACUCUCUGUAUUCACAUCUUUCAGAGUGCUUUCCAAAACAUCUCAUUGUGUGGCUUUAGAAGCAUUUUGUGUAGAUUGUUUUGUUUCUUACCACCAUAAUCAU